GUCUCAGGCAAGAUGGCGGCGGACAUGGGGACACGGGGGGAUUCGGCCUCUGGUGUUCCCGGAACGCUUUAUCCCCGGAGUGCGGGGGUAGGACUGGGCGUCGUGAUGUCAUUUCCGGUCCGGUGUAAGAUGGCGGUUCCGGUGUCUCCCGGGCGGGAUGUGUUCGCGGAGGGAUUAUUGGAGCUCCUGAAGCCCGCCGUACAUCAGCUGGACUGUCAUGUGCACGCCGUGCGGGAGAGUCAGGUGGACCUGCGGGAGCACAUUGACAGCCUGGCGUCCGAACUCUGCAAGAUCAACGAGGACCAGAAGGUGGCGCUGGACCUGGACCCGUACGUGAAGAAGCUGCUGAACGCUCGCCGCAGGGUGGUCCUGGUGAACAACAUCCUGCAGAACGCACAGGAGCGUCUGAGGCGCCUGAAUCACAGCGUAGCCAAGGAGACGGCGCGGAGGAGGGCCAUGCUGGAAUCGGGAGCGCACCACUCCCCCACCUCCCCCAACAAGUGAGGCCAAGCGGCGAGAGGGGGAACCUCUGGAGUUGAGCCAUUCCCUUUUUUUUGUUUUUUUUUGUUUUUUUUUUACUUUUCUUGGAGACCCCGCCCAGCCCAGGUGCGCAGGCGCGACGUCUCAAAAAAAUAAAUAAAAAUAGGGCGCCAAGUGCCAAAAAAAAACAAAAAACGCUGCGCUCUGAGAACUGCCCUCCAUUGUGAUGCAUGACUUCCAUUUCGUAGCUUGGCGGCAAUAAGGGGUGGGAAGACGCAGGUGAGACCCCGCCCCACUCCCCUGUUUACCAAUCGAGUCCCUUCUGCUUUCUGUAAAGAUGGUGCUACGUUACGGCCUUGUUACUGUAGACCAUUGUUCACGCAGUUGCUCCCCGAGCUGGGCCCUAGUUGUGGGUGGAGUCAGUGUAGUCAUGUGACCAUUGUUCGCGCAGUUACUUCCCGAGCUGGGCCCUAGUUGUGGGUGGAGUCAGUGUAGUCAUGUGACCAUUGUUUACGCAGGUACUUCCCGAGCUGGGCCCUAGUUGUGGGUGGAGUCAGUGUAGUCAUGUGACCAUUGUUCGCGCAGUUACUUCCCGAGCUGGGCCCUAGUUGUGGGUGGGGUCAGUGUAGUCAUGUGACCAUUGUUUACGCAGGUACUUCCCGAGCUGGGCCCUAGUUGUGGGUGGGGUCAGUGUAGUCAUGUGACCAUUGUUUACGCAGGUACUUCCCGAGCUGGGCCCUAGUUGUGGGUGGAGUCAGUGUAGUCAUGUGACCAUUGUUCAUGCAGUUGCUCCCCGAGCUGGGCCCUAGUUGUGGGUGGAGUCAGUGUAGUCAUGUGACCAUUGUUCACGCAGUUGCUUCCCAAGCUGGGCCCUAGUUGUGGGUGGGGUCUGUGUAGUCAUGUGACCAUUGUUUGCGCAGUUACUUCCCGAGCUGGGCCCUAGUUGUGGGUGGGGUCAGUGUAGUCCUGUGACCAUUGUUUACGCAGUUACUUCCCGAGCUGGGCCCUAGUUGUGGGUGGAGUCAGUGUAGUCAUGUGACCAUUGUUCACACAGUUACUUCCCGAGCUGGGCCCUAGUUGUGGGUGGGGUCAGUGUAGUCAUGUGACCAUUGUUUACGCAGGUACUUCCCGAGCUGGGCCCUAGUUGUGGGUGGGGUCAGUGUAGUCAUGUGACCAUUGUUCACGCAGUUACUUCCCGAGCUGGGCCCUAGUUGUGGGUGGAGUCAGUGUAGUCAUGUGACCAUUGUUCACACAGUUACUUCCCGAGCUGGGCCCUAGUUGUGGGUGGAGUCAGUGUAGUCAUGUGACCAUUGUUCACACAGUUACUUCCCGAGCUGGGCCCUAGUUGUGGGUGGAGUCAGUGUAGUCAUGUGACCAUUGUUUACGCAGUUACUUCCCGAGCUGGGGCCCUAGUUGUGGGUGGAGUCAGUGUCUAAUGUCUGAUAUACGGCCCAUUGGUUUACGUCAGCCGUUGCUUUUACUGGUGCUCUAUGUCCCCGGCAUGCCCUGUCCUAGAGCACACUGGGACCUGUAGUCCCUCAACUGCUGCAGAUUGUCCACCUCUGGUCUGUACAGAGUGAACUCGACUCGAUCGUUCUUUGAUUGUAAUUCUUUUUAUAUAUAUAUUGUUCUGUGAAUACCAGCUUUAAUAUUUCCUGCUCUGCGAUUGUAACAAUAAAUAUUAUCAGCAAAAAAAUAUA